AUGACUUGUUGGACAGUACAGGGACUUCUCGUCCUCAGUGUUGCCGCCUUCGGCGAGGGUCGAAUGGACUUGAGUGCGGGGUGGAUGGACGCUGCGACUCAGAUGGCUCUCGACCUCGGCAUGCAAGACAAGGCGUUCGCAGAUGCCGCAUCUGAUCCUUUCAUGGCAGAGAGCUCACGGAGAACCUACUGGGCUCUUUACUGGCAGGGCAACAUGCGUGCGAUGCGCGAGGAUUCGCCGACUUUCAUGUUGUCUGGCGUUGUUGCAUCAACAGAACUUCCCUGUGAAGAGUGGGAAUAUCAGUCAGGGGAGAUUCCACAACCGUUAUCCUUGAAAAAUUACAGUGCAAGAGAUCCCAUGGAUGAGAAGAGCUAUUCAUCAUGGACGUAUCUCAUCGAUCUCUGCCGGUUGAGCACAGAAGCCGACUCUAGAUUAGUGAGCUGGCUCAUCAACCUACCAAAAUGGAAACAGCAGUUGGUAGACCCGGGAGGCGCGGUUGACAUGGUUCUGUUUCAUGCGAUGGCCUACGCAAACAGCCUGAGAAUCAAGAUGCAGCUGCCCAUGGAAGCGUCAGGAUUUGGAAUUCGGGACUUGCUCACUCUUGGCCCACUCUUCAAGUCGCGCGACAUGGCCUUUCCUCGAAUGCCACGAUGCUCUGGCUCGUCUUACCCGUGGCUCGAAUGUUCAAUCGCCCUCCAAGCAGGCCUCUCAACUAUCGGUCUCUUCAACUUCUCGCUACCACCUGCCCGAUACAGCCCUGCGUGCAUCAUUGGAUUGCGAAGGGCCGCCCUUGCGCUGCUGGAUGCGAGGAUGUACGGAGGAUCUGAUUCACCGGCUCUGCGCGAGAAGCUUGACCUCCUGCUCAGCGUACUCAAGGUUGCCGGGGAGAUGUGGCCCGUCGCUAGGAACAUUGGCAAUGAAGUCAGCGAUGUGCUGAGAGACUUGAAUGUUACCGGCAAUCGUGACAACAUCAAUCAGUUGGAUUCAUGCAUGGACGCUUUCAUAGCCGAUAUGACAACAUCUGGCGUGGCUCCAGAUUCUGGCAUGUUUCCGUUUCCUGAGCCAAGAACAGUGGAAGGGAUGUUUAACUGGAGUGCUGGGCACGUAAACGUUGGACAGUGA